UAUAAUUAUCAAUAGCAUGUUUUCUAAAGAAUUUCCCAGGCUUGAAUUCUAACAGAGGAGUGACUCGGUAGAAUUCCAUUCUACUGCUAUGAAGCAAAGUGGUGUUUCUCUCCUUUUGGGUAUCAUCUUCCUGACUCUGAUUGGAGUUCAAGGAGUCCCAAUAAUGAAGAAAGGACGCUGUUUCUGCAUCAACACCAACCAACAAAUGAUCCACCUUAAAUCCGUAAAGACCCUUAAACAGUUUUCCCCUGGUCCUUCUUGUGAGAAAACUGAAAUCAUUGCUAUAAUGAAGAAUGGGACUAAAACAUGUCUAAACCCACAAUCAACAAAUGUGAAAAAAUUGAUGAAAGAGUGGGAGAAACAGGUUAGUGAAAAGAAGGAACAAAUUUUUUUUCUUAGAAAUAAACUUUGGAAGACAAAUAAUCUCUGUAGUUCCUUUAAAGGUCAGCCAAAAAAAGAAGCAAAAGAAAGGGAAAAAAACAUCAAAGAAGCAGGGAAUUAAAAAGGCUAAACGAUCUCAACGUCCUCAUCAAAAGAAGACUAUAUAAUCAACCACUUUACUGACAAAUAUUUUCUGUUUAAAAUAUUCUUUUUAAUUAUACUGAAAUAAUUCCAGCACCUUAAUCCAUAAACUUGUUAAUCUGACUAGAAAUUAUAAAGCAUCAUUAUGAAAUUGUAAUUGAAGCUAAAACGUGGCUUUUAAAAUCCAAAUGUUAAGAA